AUGGCGAGCCGCGACCAUCUCUCCAUUGAACAGAAGAUCCAAGAGAAGACAGCUCACCAUGAGUACCUCGAGGAACCACCCCGACACGAGCUGCGAGGGAGUCUUCGCGCCGACAGCCUGACACGCACCUCGUUUGACCGUCGCCACUCGACAUCCAUGCCUGGCACCGGCAGUCGCCGUGAAAGCAUCCGGAAGAGCUUCGACAGGGCCAACAUCGCAAUGGUCUUCCCAGAUUCGACCCACGUCGAGAUGUCCGACGAUGAAAUGGGCAAGAACUCGAUUGACGACAUCUCCCCUUCAUGGUUCGUCUGGCUGGUCGCUUUGACCGCCUCGAUCGCCGGCUCUCUCUUCGGCUAUGACACGGGCAUCAUCUCCGCCGUCCUGGUCUACCUGAAGAACGACCUGGACAAUCGCUCCGUCUCGUCCAACGAAAAGGAACUUAUCACGUCCCUCUGCUCUGGGGGUGCUUUUGUCGGUGCCAUCAUUGCAGGCCUCACUGCGGAUAAGUUUGGCCGCAAAAUGGCCAUCUACGUCGGCUGUGCUCUCUUCACCAUUGGCGCCGUUCUGCAAGCCGCGGCGUAUUCGAUUGCCCAGAUGUCCGUCGGGAGACUCGUCGUCGGAUUCGGUGUCGGUUCAGCUGCCAUGGUGGUCCCCCUUUAUAUCGCCGAGAUUGCUCCCACCAAAGUCCGCGGAAGACUUAUCGGAUUGAAUAAUAUGUCAAUCACCGGUGGACAGGUAGUGUCGUACGGAAUAGGAGCCGCCUUCGCUCAUGUGCCUCACGGAUGGCGUUACAUGGUCGGCUUGGGGGCUGUCCCUGCCAUUAUCCUCGCCUGCCUCUUGCCGUUCUGUCCGGAAUCACCCCGUCAACUUGUCUACCAUGGCAGAAUCCCCGAAGCUGAAGCGGUCUUGGCCAAGAUCUACAAGGGAGCCACGGCCGAACAAGUGCGAGCCAAAUGCGCCCUCAUCGCAGCCGCCUGCGAGGAAGCCAAGGAACUCAACGAUGAUCAAUCCCGCUGGUCCAAGAUCAAGCAACUGCACACCAAUCCUGCCUACUUCCGUGCCUUGGUCUGCGCGUGCGGCUUGAUGGUCAUCUCGCAGAUGUCCGGCUUCAACGUCCUGAUGUACUACUCCUCCACGCUCUUUGACAUUGUGGGCUUCUCGAACCCCGUUGCCGUCGGUCUCGUUGUCGCGGGCACAAACUUCGUCAUGACCUGGGUCAACAUGAUGCUCGUCGACCCCGUGGGCCGCCGCCGACUGCUGAUCGCCACCGUCUGGGGCAUGAGCGCGGGUCUUGUGGCCGUCGCCAUUGCAUUCAGCUUCAUCCCUAUCGACACCAAGACAUUGGCCAUCGAAACGACAAAGGUGACUACGCCGGCUAUCGUUGUGCUCGUCUUCAUCAUCUGGUUCGUUUUCUUCUAUGGCGUCAGUGUUGGCAAUACUGCUUGGAUGUCAACCGAUUUCUUCCCCAUGGAAGUCCGGGCCAUGGGCACCAUGUGGCUCACCUGCUCGUGUUGGGGGUCCAACAUCAUCGUGUCGUCGACCUUCCUGUCUAUGAUGAAAGGCUUGACGCCGACAGGCGCGUUUGGGUUCUAUGCCGGCAUCUGCGGCGUCGGCUGGCUCCUGAUCAUCUUUUUCUACCCGGAGGUGUCCGGCCUAACCCUGGAGGAGAUUGGCGAGGUGUUUGAGCAUGGAUUUGGCGUGCGAUAUGCGAGCAAGCUGAGGAAGGACAGAAAGGCAGACAUCAAGCAGAGGACGAAAGAGCGCGGGAGGACUAUUGCCGUCGGACACUAA